CGAUCAGCGACGACGGCGUUACUUUUGGCGCGGAUACAGCAGCGACACUUUUUUUUCUCGUUGGCAGGCGCCUCCUGUCACCCAACCAAGCAAACCAAACCGAUAAACAAACAAAUAAACAAGCCAACUGGCCAACAAACAAAGCAUAAACAAAGCAUAAAAACAAACAUAAACAAGCCAACAAACCCAGCAGACAAGCUAAAACGAAAAAACAACUGUGCAUUUUUGGUUCGAGAUUCCUUUGAUUUGAUCGCUUACAUUUAUUUUUUUGCCUGUGUUCCUUACUAAAAAAAAAACAAAUCCCCUUAAAUAUUAUAUAUUUAAAAUCCUAUAACCAGUGGACAAUAAGAGCAGUCAAACAUUGCAACUGUAGAGGGCAAACACAUCAGCAAACAUCAGCCGACGGCCGAGUGAACAAAAGUGCAGCGCCGACGGACUCACAAAAAAGAUACAAAUACAGAUACAUAUACAGAUACGGAUACUAUCUGGGCUAAUCCUUACGCGAUUUGCUGCCCAUUUGCUUUUUUUCUGAGUGCGUGUGUGCUUGUGCUGUGCUGUGCUGUGCUUGCCAAUCCUUAAAGAUACACACAUGUCCAUGUCCUUUAUGUCUCUAUUUCCCUUACUCUCUUCAGUAAAAAACCAGUGAGCCUCUUCUGCAACAAUAGCUACAGAAAGCAAAAAAGAAAAGAUACGAAAAGAAUAGAAAACCCAACCAGUAGACGAACCCUAAACCAUUGUGCGAACCCAAGUGGCCGCAAAACAAUUGAAAAAAAGACACCAUCAUUGUGCGCCUCAAAUUGACAGCGGCAGCAGCAGCAGCAGCAACGACCACUGCAACUGCAACUGCAACUGCAGCAGCAACAUCGGCGGCAGCAGCAGCAACAUACACUGCGACAAACAUGCUAACGGACAUGACCCCCACAGCCGGUCAGCUCUACGGAUCCCAGAUCCCGGCCAUGGGCAUGAACAUCACCAACAUCGCCACACACUUGCAGAAGCCACAAGUUAAUCCGGACCAUCCCAGUUUGAGGGGAACCCCUCUCGCCAUGUUGGCCGCCCAGUGCAACAAGCUGUCGAACAAAUCCCCACCCCCGCUGGCCGACGCCGCUGUGGGCAAGGGCUUCCAUCCGUGGAAGAAGAGCCCCAACUCCCCGGCAGCGGGUUCCAGUGGCUCAUCCGGAGGGGGUAAUGGCGGAGGAAGCAGCGCCGGCCAGCACUCGCCCUGCGCCAUCUCAGCGGCCAGCUCGUCGAGCUCCAGCGGAUCCAGCGGAGGACAGUCCUCCAGGAGCCUCUCCGCCAGCGCCAGCACCAUGGUGAACAUCACAGCUAGCAUCUAUCCUUACAGUCGCCCCCUGGCCUCCUCCUGCGCGGCGGUGGGCGGGGGCUCCGCCUCCUCGGGCGGUGGCUCCUCCUCCUCCUCCGCCGCCUCCGGAUCGCACUCCUCCUCCGCCUCCUCCUCGUCGGCCUCCGCGAUGGCAGCGGCCUAUGGCUCUGAUCUUUACUUCCCGAACGCCUCCACCUCGAACAUGGACAACCAUCAUAUGCACCAGGGCCUUCUCGGCAAGGUGGAGGCCGGAGCGGCGGCCUUUGGGGGUGUCUACUCCCGCCAUCCCUACGAUUGGCCCUUCAAUGCCGUGAGCCACAAGGAGGCGGCCAGCGUGAAUUCCGGCUGGUGGGAUAUGCACAGUGCCGCCGGCUCCUGGCUGGACAUGGGUGGUGCCGGCAUGCACUCCACGAUGGCCAACUAUGCCAGCGAGAAUUACAGCUCGGCGCUGAGUCACUCGCUCCUGGGAUCCGGCCAGCAUUUGCUGCAGGACACCUACAAGAGCAUGUUGCCCGGCCAGGGUGUGGGCGUGGGCGGCGGCGUGGGCAUUGGAGUGGGCGUGGGCAUGGGUGGCUUCUCCUUGCCACAUAGCUCACCAUCGGCGGCAGCGGCGGCGGCAGCAACGGCAGCGGCAGCAGCCGCCGGUGGUUCCCCGCAGGGUGGCUCCCCAUCAACGCCAUCGCCAAGAUCACAGCGGCGUUAUGCUGGUCGGGCCACCUGCGAUUGCCCCAAUUGUCAGGAGGCGGAGCGCCUGGGCCCCGCGGGCGUCCAUUUGCGCAAGAAGAACAUCCAUUCGUGCCACAUACCCGGCUGUGGCAAGGUAUAUGGGAAGACGUCGCAUCUGAAGGCUCACCUGCGGUGGCACACCGGCGAGCGUCCCUUUGUGUGCAACUGGCUGUUCUGCGGCAAGCGCUUCACGCGCUCCGAUGAGCUGCAACGGCACUUGAGGACGCACACCGGCGAGAAGCGCUUUGCAUGCCCCGUGUGCAACAAGCGGUUUAUGCGCAGCGACCAUUUGGCCAAGCACGUGAAGACGCACAAUGGCACGGCCGGCCACCAGGUCAAUGGCCAUGGUGGCCAUGGGCUGAAGAAGGGCUCCUCGGAAUCGUGCAGCGAUUCGGAGGAGGCCGCCAACCAGUCGGGCGAGUCCAACGGGCUGGGCGGCGUGGGCAGUGGCCCUCAGACGGGCGGGGUCGGUGGCGGCGGGGGUGGCUCGGGAUCAGCUUCCGGUACCGGAUUGGCCAGCGGCAGUGGAAGUGGUGGAAAUGGAAGUGGCGCUGGGGGCAACUCGUCCUCCGGUGGCGGCGGCGGCUCCAGCUCCACAUCCAAUUCCAAUUCCAACUCCGGUGGGUCGAGCGGGUCCGUUUCCGGUUCCGGUUCUGGGAGCAGCCAUCCCGGCACCCCGACCUCGCUGCACGCGCACAGCGCCAAUGGCACGUCCAGCAGCCUGCUGGGCGGCGGUCUGCACCUGGCCACGCCGCACCAGAUGGUCGCCGCGGGCGGUUCGCCGGUGAUGCUCCACCAGCAGCAGCAGCAACAGCAGCAGCAGCAGCAGCAGCAACAGCAGCAGCAGCAGCAGCAACAUCAGCAGCAGCAGCAGCAGCAACACCAGCAGCAGCAGCAGCAGCAACACCAUCAGCAGCAGCAGCAGCAACACCACCAACACCUUCAUCAGCAAUUCGGCCAGCAGCAGCAGCAGCAGCAUCCCCAUCACCACCUGCACCACCAUGCCCACCACUCGCACCACCUGGCCACCGGUGGCUCACCUGGCCUGGAUCCCAGCUCCCUGGUGGACAUCAAGCCACCCAUGGUUUGAGGUUCGCUGGGACCCUUCCUGUUCACCAACUAAGGAAUGGGUUCCAUCUCAAAUAUAUCUGAUAAUAUAUAUCAUCUAAAAGCUAUCCGGCGGUUGUACAUAUUCGAUAAAGCCCGCUCUAUGUGUCUAUGGCGCUUAUCCCCAGCACUAAUCUGAAAAACGAUAAAUAAAUAUCUAUUGCUUGUAGCCUAUUUGUUUAGUCUAAGCCAUUUUCUAGUAUAUCUAGUUGUAUCCCUAAAAAAAUACUGAAGGGAGUUCGAGUUUUUUUUUUUGUAUUUUUUUUACUAGCCCUAUGAAUAUGUAAUUUUUUUCAUAGCCCCUAAGCAAAUAUAUAUAUAUACGAUAUUAACCAAGAGACAAGCUUCGAGCACCACAAAAAAAAAAAAAAACAUAAUUAUGCAAUUCUAAACGAAGGAACCUAAAAUAUAUAAAUAUAAAUACGGAUAUUGAGCGGGGGAAAAACAUCAUAAAUAUAUUUCUAGUCCAAUUAUGAAGUGUGAGCGAACCAAAAUUGUAAAAAAACAAAAAAAAUAUGUAACAGGGGGGGAUUUGAACUCUGGCCCUUGUAAAUUAGCAUAUGGCCUUCAAAUAUUUUUGCUAACCCCAUCGAGGUCGAUCGAUCGAUAUCGGUAUCGAUAUCGAUAUCUUAGACGCUAGUGCUUUAAUCGAUCCCAACUAAACAAAAUGAAGAAAACCAAGCUAAACUAAAUGUGUUUUUGUUGUUUUAUUUGAACUAGGCUUAGGGCAGAUACUUAGAUACUUAGCGCACACACACACACACACACACAGAAAACAGCACGGAUGCAAAACAAAAAAAAAAAAAACAAAAAACAAAUAACGCAAUUUAUCAUCUUCGAUUACUUUUUUUUGUCUAUGUAAAUUAAUUAUUUAAAAUACGAAUAAACUAUUUAAAUUUCAUUCAAAAUAAAUGUACAACAAAACGCGA